AAGAAUUCAUUCCAUUUCCGAGCACAUUUUACGAAGCUUCUAUAUAAGUAUAAUAAUCCACCUCCACAUGCACGAAUCAUAAGUUCUUCCUCAUCGCCAUGGUGGCCAGCAAUAGCAACGGCAACGACGAGCCCCGUCAGCGCCAGGUCCAGGCGGAGAUCAGGGACAUGCUCUCAACGCUCACCGGCCGCCUCGCUGCCCUCGGAAGGUCCAUUACGCGCUCCGACGGCGGCGGCGGCGCCGAGCACGGCUUCGGGAUCAUCACGCUCGCCGGCGAGAACAAUGGCGCGAUAAUGAAGGCAGAGAUGGAGGAACUGAUGGACGUGCAGGGCGGCACGUUCGACGACGACAACGGCAUGCUCACUUACGCCAACAGUAACUACCAGGCCGUCAACAACUCCAUUAUCCUCGGCGGGAGCACCAUCGCCGACGACCCCGGCGUCCACGUGGACAUAAAACGCCACAUUGAGGAGGAGGAAGAUGAGGUGGAGGAUGCUCGCGAAAAUAAAGAGGAGAAAAAGAAAAAGGAGAAAGAGGAGAAGAAAAAGAAAAAGAAAAAGAAAAAGGAGGAGGAGGAAGUGGAGGAGGAAGAAGAGGAGGGAGAAGAAGAUGAGGAGAAAGAGGAAGAGGAAGAAGAAGUAGAAGCGGAUUAAUGGUAAAUGUGAAAACAAUUUAAAGAAAAUAAGUCUUUGCCGGUGAAUUUGGAUAUCGCAGAUGAAAGAAUUUAUUUAAAGUUGAUGUCUUGUUUUUUUUCCUUGGAGAUGAUGCACACAUUUGUGUCAUUUUGGAUCUAAUAAAGUAUUGUAUCUUCCCGACGAAAUUGUGAACUGCACUGCGACUCGUGAUAUUGACCAACACUUUGGU